AUGGCAUUCGCAAUUCCGUUGUUUCAACAGCUUAGUGGGAUCAACAUUGUUGCCUUUUAUUCACCUAACCUUUUUCAAUCUGUCGGUUUGGGACACGAUGGUGCUUUGCUUUCUGCCAUUAUACUUGGAGUUGUUAACCUUACUUCUAUCUUUAUCUCUGCCAGUAUCAUUGAUCGAUUUGGUCGAAGAUUCUUGUUCAUAACUGGGGGUAUUAUGAUGUUUGUUUGUUUGGUUGCCGUGUCCAUUGUGCUAGAAGUGGUAACUGGUGUUCAUGGUACAAAUGGCGUAUCGAAGGGCAAUGCAAUAUUGGUAUUGGUGCUUUUGUGUUUCUACGCGGCUGGUUUUGGUUGGUCAUGGGGUCCUUUAACAUGGCUAAUUCCAAGUGAGAUUUUUCCAGUAAAUAUCAGAAGCACAGGACAAAGCAUAGCUAUUGGUGUACAGUUUAUACUAACAUUUGUGUUAUCACAAACGUUUUUGACAAUGCUAUGCCACUUUAAAUUUGGGGCCUUUGUGUUCUAUGCUUUUUGGGUUGUGGUGAUGACUCUAUUUGUUAUCUUCUUCUUGCCUGAGACUAAAGGAAUUUCUUUGGAGUCAAUGUACACUAUAUGGGGAAAACACUGGUUUUGGUCUCGGUUUGUUAUAGGAGAAGAUGAUCAAGAAAAUAAACCAUGA